GCCCCGUCAGCCACCGUAUCAGGCUGAGAAGGAGACUGAGCUAAGCCAGUUAUCAAAGGGUAACAGAAACCUUUGGCUGCAACUUUAAGAAGCUGCAACCUGCAACUAAACUGUUGCUUUGUACAUCGGUCCUGUGUUUCUGCUUCUGUACAUUUGCUGGCCACCAGCGAACUUUACAGACAGUAGUUUUAUUGAUCAGUAAAGACUCUGGACUCUGAGACCUGCGAACCUGCGAACUUGCGAUGUUGUCAGUCAUUGUCAGGUCAACUCUCACCAAAUACAGGAGUUUGUGGGUGCCCAGUCAGUCUGUGGUCAGAGCCAUGUCGUCUUCAGCUGCUCCUACCUCUCCUUACACCACCCUGGCCAUCAGCCACCCAGCAGAGUCUGUCACACAUGUGGAGCUUCACCGGCCUGAGAAACGCAAUGCCAUGAACAAAGCCUUCUGGAGUGAGAUGGUGGAUUGCUUUAAUGAAAUAGCCGGAGACCCGGACUGCAGAGUGGUGGUGGUUUCUGGAGCAGGGAAGAUCUUCACAGCUGGUAUUGACCUGAUGGACAUGGCCAGCGACGUACUCCAGCCGCAGGGCGACGACACGGCCAGAGUUUCCUGGAACCUCAGACAAAAGAUCGCCAAGUAUCAAGAGACAUUCUCCGUCAUAGAGAAGUGUCCAAAGCCUGUUGUGGUGGCCGUCCACGGAGCCUGUGUUGGAGGAGGUGUUGACUUGAUCACAGCCUGUGACAUCCGCCUGUGUACCCAGGACGCCUGGUUCCAGGUCAAGGAAGUUGAUAUCGGGCUUGCAGCAGACGUUGGGACUCUCCAGAGACUUCCUAAAGUCAUUGGUAGCAGCAGCCUGGUGAACGACUUGGCUUUGACCGCCAGGAAGAUGUAUGCAGAUGAAGCCAAGAGCAGCGGCCUGGUCAGCCGCGUGUUUGCAGAUAAGGAGGCCAUGAUGGCCGGAGCUCUGGAGAUGGCCGAUGAGAUUGCUGCUCGCAGCCCUGUAGCUGUGCAGGGCACCAAAAUCAACCUCAUCUACGCCAGAGACCACAGUGUGGCAGAGGGACUGGACUACAUGGCCACGUGGAACAUGAGCAUGCUUCAGACUCAAGAUGUGAUGAAAUCCGCUCAGGCUGCCAUGGAGAAGAAGAGUCCAAAGACGAUAGCCUUCUCCAAACUCUGAACCUCACUGAGGCACAGUUCAGAUAUAACACCAUUGUGGCCUUUCUGUGGGAAGGGGAUCCACAUGUGACUGUCUGUUCUACUCUGAGCUUUUAACACCCCAAAAAAAAAAAA